CCUCCCUUAUAUCCUCAAGGGGUUCGAAGCAUUAGAUUUUUGGAGGUUAUCAGCGGGAAAGAGAUCAAUUACCAUACACUCAAGAGUGUUUUAGUUUCCUCCACUGGAUCUUGCGCCAGAGACGAGGCUGCCAGGUCCUGAGUCCAACAACCGAGACCGGCAAGCAAAACAGGGGGCGAGACGACCAUUGGUCAUUAACCAAAUAUUCUACUUCAAAAGCAUCACAACGACCUGCCUCACACUCCAUUCUUGAAAGCGUCUACCUGGGGCCUCCCGUCGACGAACAGCUCGAGGAGAUUCUUCAGCAUCGAACAUAUCGAGUCGAGUCGCACAGAUCAAUCAUAUUCAGAAGGAGGAUGGACGACGCAACCAUAUUGGGGCAGCUCCCUGCUGACCAGCGCGACGCUGCCGUCACUCAAGCGGAGAGCAAAUUCUGGCCAGCUUUUCUAGCUCAAAAAGACGCCCAGCAUGCCGAUUUUAUCAGAGCAUUCGAAGUACCCCUGACCAAGGCCAAAGUCGAACUCGGCACUCUGGAUGGGCAGCGCGAGCAGCUGACCAAGCUCCGCGAGAACCUUGCUCUGCAACUCAACCAGGUCGAGAGAGAGCUGGCCCAAGUUGUUCUCGACUACGACAGAAAGGCAAACGAGACACUCAUGCUAGAGAAGAGAUAUGAACAGGCUGAGCAAAAUUGGCUGCAACAUAGGGAGGGUCAUGUCGAGGCCAUGGUUUCCUGGUUUCAGGACAGGCGAGCGGGCAGGAUGAUUGCUCAAGAUCAAACUGCUCAAGAUCAAACUGCUCAAGAUCAAACUGCCCAAGAUCAAACUGCUCAAGAUCAAACUGCCCAAGAUCAAACUGCUCAAGAUCAAACUGCCCAAGAUCAAAUUACCCAAGACCAGACGGGCAAGGUGACUGCUCAGGAUCAGGCUGGCACACGCGACCCUGUCUUUCUCGUCAAUCUCGUGGACGCGGACGACCAGGUCAUCGGACCCAUUUACAAGACAGAGCCAUGGAACCAGUGGGUCAAGGCCAUCCUCAACAUGCCCAUCAAGAGGGAUGUCAAGGUUCGCCGCGGCCGCAAGUUCACCACCGACCAUCUCACGGCCAUCUACGACCACACAGAGGCAAAGGGGGUCAAGUGGUUGUCGUGUAUGAUUCAAGCUAUUGGUGAGAUCCAGGGGAAGCGAUGCCUAUCUUGCAAUAAGAACCAGGGCGCUUUUGAUGAUUGCAUUAUCAUAGGCACUCCCCUUUUCCAAAAGUGUGGCAACUGUGAAUGGAAUCGCCAGGGCUGCCAUGGAGCCGCUCUGGUUGCGGAGGAAGAGGGUUCAUCGGCAGGUCCUGCUCAGGAAAAACAAGUGUCGAAGGAAGUGUCGAGUGAUGGUGGAGCAGAUAGAAUCUUUAAGGGCAGAGCUGCGCCAUCACAAGAAGACGGCGUGUCAAAUGGAGCAGUAGGGGCAGACACGUCUCGAGAGCCUCCUCAGCAGACCGACCCUGCCAGGCCCGCCGCCCAGGAGAGACGAGGUCUACCCACCAGUCGACCACCGGUACACCGAACAGAGCAGCUGUCGACUUCCUGGGAACGCUCAGAGCAGAAAGCGUAUCCCACGAUUAUAGGUUUCACGCCAGCUAACGUCCCGCCAAGUCGGCCACCGUCGCAGGAUUUCGAGACUCCUACUCCUCGCUCCCUCAAGUCGUCUCCUGAAGCGACGAAGAGUAUACUACCCCUCCCAAAAAUCACCAAGGAUGUGCUCGUACUCAAGCACAAGGAUGGGGUGUACACUGAGCCUGAAAUAGUAGCCGGCGUGCCGCUGGAGAAGAUCGACCCUUCUCAUCCGUACUGGGAUCCCGACUGGCCCAACCUCGAGCAGUCAAUCGAGCCGCUGUUGGCCCAUUGCGAAGACGAGUACAAAGUGGCCAUGGCAAAGAGGGGCAGCAAAGAUGAUAAGGCCACUAAGCGAUUCCAGCUCGGGCGACAGGUGAACCGUGGCAAGGAGAUCAUCAAGUUCCUGGAGGAGGGCGAGAUUAGCCCGUUUCAACUUCUCAGCAAGAAGUACACGGCAUAUGGCAAGGGUAGCAUUACCUCCUACGACACCCUUUUCCGCAUGUGCCAUGCUCUGCGCGAGCUGAAGCAUUUCAAGGCGAAAGGAAAGAUUGACGUUGAACCCCUCGAGUGGAUGCGCCACCGUCUGCAUGAGCUGUGGGAGGAGCUGGGCAGCGAGUUUAAGCCGGCGGAAGCCAUUCGCGGCUUCUACCACGAUCCCAAGAUGGCCCAGCUGCGAGAAGAAUGCGGGAUGAAGAACAUUGGCCGGCCGCGAGGGUCCAAGGCACACCGUCGGAGCGAUACCACACCAGCUGAUGCGCACUCGGCCGCGAAGCGGAAGCGGUCGAGCUUCCACUCGCCGUCUCGUAAUGGGGAGGAGUGCGACCGGUCGUCGAUGGAGUUCAUGUCGGAAAGCGGCAACAAUACCACGGUGCUGGAGCUCCGGUCCCCGGUUCCAGGAGGCCCCAUCACCAAGCGUGCUAGGUCGCUGUCUCCGUCUAUUCGGCCGUAUCGAGUCACCGUCGACGACACGACCGAGUUCACUGACAAGGAUGCCUCGAGCGGCACGCCUCUUACGCAAAACGACUUUCGGAUUGAUCAGAUCAAGUCGCGCCUGUACACGACCCCGGCCGGGCUGACGCAGUACCUGCACUGGAUCAAGGAGGAUAGGUGCUUGGAGCACCAGACCUUGCAAGGGGACAGUCCCGUCACUUGGCGCGCUCUGAGCGAGCCCGUCAACUUUGACGUGCGGCUGGUCGACCUGGUUGAGGUGCUCUGGAACCGGCGGGAGCUCAAGGCGCAUUUCGCUAUGACUCAACGUAGCAUGCAAAUCUCGCCGCAUAUUGGGCCCAGAGGGGAUAUAAUGGUGUCUUUCAACCGGGAGAGGACGCUUAAGAGGUUGAUCAAGGUCCUUGAGGCGAGGGGAGUCAGGACCAUUGAGGGAUCUCGAGAGGAGCUGCAGCGUCGCUGGACAGCCAUGCAGUCGGAGACUCUGUCCCAAGAAAACUACGAGCUGUCGAGCAGAGAGAGCAGGAGGCCGGCCGCAUUGACCGCGCCACCUGUCGUACGGUAA